UCACCAGGACAGGUUGAGGAAAAGGCGCAGGGGUGGGGAGGGCGAGCCAGAAGAAGACAUAAAACUGACGCCUGGUCCGGCGCGAAGGUCAGACAGCCCGCUACGCUUUGGGCAACUGCAGACAGGAUGGGUCCGUCGGUAACAGUGCUAGUGUUGACAGCACUGAUAACUGCAAGCAGUGGCCUCCCAAGGUUGGGAAGACAUGACGCAGACAGCUUCCUUGGAGACGGAACCAGUGAAAUAGCGACAGCUAUGCUUCAGAGCUACAUCGACGAGGAGAAGAACAUGGCCUUCUCGCCGAUGGGCUACUCGGCGCUGAUGGCGAUCCUGGCCGAAGGCGCCCGAGGGGACACGAAGGCGCAGCUGGUGAACGCCCUGCACCUCCCCGCUGAGGACCACUUGGUCCGCGCCGCCUACAAGGGCGUGUUGGAAAACCUCAAGGAGUCCCACAAGCUGAAUGUGCCCGAGUUUCACACGUGGUUCUACGUCUACAAGAACUUCUCCAUCGAGCCGGAAUACAAGCGGGUCCUCGCGGAGAGCUACCUGACGGAGGUGCGCAACGUGGAGCCUCUGUACGAGGAGACCUCCGUCGACCCGCCCGACCCGGAGCUCGAAGCCGCCAUGCAUUUGGACCACGAUGACAACAACGAGAAGAUGAAGAACGACAAAGAGGACAUGCUACCUGAAAAGCACGGCUCCAUGCUAGAAGGUAAACCCAUCAUCCCUGAGAAGGAUGAAAUGAAACCUGAAGGACAGAGUGCAAUGUCCCAGAAGGAAGUUAUGACUGAUGGAAAGAUAGAUAUGAUGCCAGUAAGACAAGGGGAGAUGCCUGAAAAAGAAGUUAUGUCCGAGAAAAAAAACAAUAUGCCCGAGAAACAGGAUAUGAACUCUGAAAACAAGGAUAUGCCCAACAAAGAAAUGGAGUUUGAAGUGACACCGGAGAUGUUAGAAAAUAAGCCAGACUCCUUAAAAGAUCCAUUUAUAGAAGAUUUACUGAAUAAGGAACGUGAAAAUGAACAUAAGAAAGAAAUUGAUAAGAAGGAAGAAAUGAAAAAUGAAGAGAUGAAAAAAGAAGAAAUUAAAAACGAAGAAAUAAAAGACGAAGAAAUGAAAAAGCCAGAAAUUAAAAACGAAGAAAUGAAAAAAGAAGAAAUUAAAAACGAAGAAAUUAAAAAGGAAGAAAUUAAAAAGGAAGAAAUGAAAGACGAUUCUUCAUCAUUACCGAAAAAAGAAGAAGAUAUGAUGAUGUCUGGAGAUGGGGCGGAAAAGGAUAUGAAUAAAAAAGGCAGCAUUAGGUUACAGAGAUCUGUGAAAUAUUCGCCGCAUGAUACUAUACCUGAUGGAAAACGCGAUGACUCAAAGGCUGAAGGAAUCAAAGAAAAUGCCAUGAAAGAAGAUAAUUUAUACAAGGAUGGAACAAUAAUGGAGGAAUCAAUGAUGACACAUGCGAUGAAAGAAGCUGCUUUGAUCGAAGACGCAAUGAAAAGUGAUAAACAUACAUCUCCACAAGACAAACUCAUGAAAGAAGAACCAAAAAAAGAUAUUUCAGAUUCAGAAAUGCACAAAAAAUUCGAAAUGUCUGAGAAUAAACCUAUUAUGGGCGAAAUAAACAUGGAAAUGGCAACCAUGGAUAAAACUGACAAAGAGAGGCCAUCGAUGAACGAUAAUGAUAAGAAGAAUCCAGAUAUGAAGAAAGAGGAAAUGGGAAGCAUGGACAUGGACAAGAGAGUAAGGCGUGGAGUUCUUGGGGACAAGGAUGUAACAUCGGGAAUUUCAGGAAACAGUAUCGUCAAAAAAGCAUCUGAAAAGCCGGGCGACUCGCUGAUGAUCGUGUUCAACGCGCUCUACUACAAGGGCUCGUGGGCCACGCCCUUCGGCCGGCGGGAGCGUGGCCAGGCGAGCGUGUUCCACGCCUCCGGCUCGCGCGAGCUGAGCGUGCCGACCAUGCACGCCGAGGGCCGCUUCGGCGUGGCCAGCGUGCCCGAGCUGGACAGCACGGCCAUCGAGCUGCCCUACCAGGGCGGCCGCUACUCGCUGCUGGUGCUGCUGCCCAACCAGAAGGACGGUCUGCGGGCUCUGAUCGCCGACCGCCUCCCCAAGUACCCGCUCAGGGACGUCCUAGCCCGCCUGAGCCCCAAGCAGGUGUACGUCUGCCUGCCGAGCUUCGAGGUGGAGACCACGACCAACCCCACGAAGGCGCUCAACAUGCUGGGAAUUAAGGACGUGUUCAGCAAAGAGAAGGCGGACCUGUCAGGGAUGUCCAAGGAGUCGGGCCUGUUCGUGGACGACUUGGCCCAGUUCGUCACCAUCAAGGUGGAGCCGGACCGUUCGGAGACAAACUACCUCACAGGCUCCAGCGAGCACGCCGCCGAGACCAGGACCGGCGACGAGGAGCGGUUCGUCGCCGACCGCCCGUUCCUGUACUUCGUGGUCGACAGGACCGUCCACGACCUGGUGGUGGUGGCGGGCAAGGUGACGGACCCCACCCUCAAGACGUCGCCGUACGUCAAGAAGGUCAAGUUCUGAGGCGUGCCGCGGACUGGGGCGCCGCCGCCCUCGUGCGGCCAGUCGGGGAAACCACUCGGAAGAGCAUUACAAGGCCCUGGCACACUGUCAAAUUUCCGCUUCACAAACACCUUUCCGCGUGUCGCGCCAAAUAAAGUUGGAGGGUCGUGACGUCACCUAAAAACUUCACAGGCACAGCUGUUGGAUCAAAAUCGUGCCCAGCCAAAAUGGAAAUUUCAUUUGUUUCCGGCACAACGACUAUUUGGCGAUUAAUGAGAUUAAAAGAAGUUAAAUAACUAGAAUAAUACUAAUAUGAAUGUUGUAUGCGAAAAUAUUUCACGUGUAAAAACGAAAUUAUGUUUACAUAUAAUUUUAAAAAAUCGCUGGUCGUUUAUUUCACUAUGCAACGAAUAUAAUUGAGAUUUAAAUUUGUACAUGUUAAAAAAUAAUUUUUUAAUGGAUGAACACAGUAACAAGUUUCAAAAUUCAAUCUAGCACUGUUUAGUUUCAAAUUGAGAUUAAAAUUGAAAAGUUUGAGAUUGUUCAGACCAAAAAUUAACUUUGAUAGUGUGACAUAUAUUUUAGGUUAUCUGUCCAAAUAUAUUUGAUGGGGAAAUUUUGAAGCCAUUUUCUGUCCAGCACUACUCCUCCAACUCGAUAGUCAUAAUACUGGAGGCAAAAUUUUGACAGUGUAGCAGGGCUUUAAAGCUAGGGGUUGGAAGAGUCGAUUGGGAUAGCACAUGUGGAUAGUAGCUCGUUCUCUCUCCUUCCCCCGCUUCACAAUUUUCCACUACACGGCUCACCAGCCCACGUACUUCAGCUGUGUGAACCGGCGCAGUCUAGCAGAGCACAGCUGGCUAGCUAAACCCCUGGUGCUCAGUUUACUCAAGAAGAUAAGGUGGUCUUUAAAAGAAACUAUUAAAAGUUGUAGAACUGUACCGCGAGAACGUAUGCGUGUGGAACAUUUGCAUUGUACAUUACAGAAACCAGGUCACUUAACAGGCAGCAUAUGAGGCAAUUAAUUUCUCCCUUUCAUGCUAGCCUAAAUAUUCUCGUGUCUCUUGCAGCAACGCUUCUGCGCAGUUUUUUUUUUCAAAACAUUCUCAUAGGGCACGUCGACGAACACGAUUGCGCAUUGUAUGCUAGACGCCACUUCUGUGCUGAACCAUCCCCAUUUUUUAAUUCUGUGUGUGGACAGCCACUCCACCAUGUAAAGAUAGUAGAGCAGCCAGGAUAGUUCACUUGCUCUCGUUGCUGUCCCAUUUACUCAGUCCGUGUGAUCCUCCCUUGAACAUGUGUGUAAACUGCAGGCACAACCUGCGCAGCAAAUGUUUUCGAAACCAUCACAGAACAGCUUAUUUGCCAAUAGACCUGUCAUGGCGAUCGCUAACGGCACUUUCUCGAGGUUAUAUAAUCUCGUGUCUCUUUGUUUACCCAAGCCUCGAUGCAGUUAGUGAUUCGUUCAUCAUUAUUCGUGAAUUUUAAAAUAUAUUAAAUAUUUUUUUUUACAAAUUUUCGAAUAAAUAUUUCUUAACAAACGCACGUGUCAAUGUUUAAAACUCCCUGACUUUGACAUUUAUGAUGGCACAGAAGACAAUAAUAAGUCUGUAUCAUAUCGUUAGUCUAUGAAUAGUAUAACUGGAAAAAAACCACAAACAAAUAAUUUUGUUGUAAACUUAAAUAAAUUAGCUUAGAACUCACUGUAACUGUUCCUCAAAUUUUCUACAAAAGAAAGCUUCAAAUAAUGACAUUUAAAUUAUGAGUAUUAGUGCAUUCCAACUAAUAUGAACAUUAUUUGAUUAUUUAAGUAUUUUCUUUCCGUCCAGAAGUAUUCAAAACCAAAACUACUUGUCCAUACAAUAUGUCCCCUGGAACAAGUGCAAGCUAAGUUACGUUCCAGUUUAUUUUGGUUCAGUUGUAGACAGAAAUAACUAUCCGAAGUUGAUUGGAAACAGUUCACAACAAGCUGAAAUGCACUGUAAAGUUUGCAUGACUUGCAACAUACACAUGUACAGUUAGUAUGAAACUGAUUUAGUUGCUGGUGACUUCUUCAAAGAAGUGCCACCAAGAAGUUUUCUGAAGGUUUUUUAGUUAAACAAGGAUGUGUUAUGCGUAUAGGUCAUACGUGAUUCAUAUGUUACGUGUUGAUGAAAAUAAUAAACCAUUAUUUAUUUAUAAUAUAUUUUCCGUUCCAAAAGUUAUUCUAGCCAUCGUAUAGUUUAUUUAUACAUUUUUCUUAGGUUAUUGAUGAAUUAUAGUAAAGUCUUCUCAGAAACGGUUGCAUGUUAUUUGUCAUACAAAUACUUUUUCACGAAAAUAAGUUAUUUUAUCAAUAAGAGUAAAUGUUUUUAAUAAAAAAUAAAUUA